AUGCUUAUCGGCCUAUGUGGAGGGAUUUGCGCUGGCAAACAUGCGAUUGCUGAGUACUUGAUCCGGCAUCAAGGGUUUCAACUUCUUGAACUUACUGGAAAAUGCUAUUCUCAAUCUGAAUUGGGAGAUGACUUGCGGCUGCAAGCAUCGGAGAUUAGAAAGAAAGACGACGCUCAGUCGCCAGAGCUCACAUUUCAGGAUGCCGAUUCUCUACUUGAUUUUGCGACAAAACGAUGGCAAGAACGCUGGGUCACCACAGAUAUUGCAGAUGCUAGUACUCUAGAUCGAUUCCUCUUGCGCCCCUUCUUCCUUCUUGUGAGCGUUGAUGCACCUGUAAGCCUCCGCUGGAAACGGUUUGCCGACAGAUGCUGGAGAAGACAGCUAGAUCCUCCAGAUUUAGAAAAGUUUGUGAUGUGGAACGACCAUAACUUAUACGACAAGGAUGUCGGACGUGUAUACCUGACCGAUAAAGCUCAGGUCCGCCUCUUCAACUCCUCGUCGUCCCUAGAAGAACUACAUUCAGCUCUGCAAGCCCUUGACCUAGCGGACGAACAACGACUGAGGCCAAACUGGGACCAGUAUUUCAUGCAGUUGGCCUCGCUUGCCGCUCAGAGAAGCAACUGCAUGAAAAGAAGGGUGGGCUGUGUACUAGUUCGAGAGAGUCGUGUCAUUAGCACAGGUUAUAACGGAACACCACGGCAUCUCAAAAACUGCAACCAAGGUGGAUGUCCACGGUGCAAUCGCGGAGAUGGAGGAGGCGUUGGUCUUUCAACCUGUCUCUGCCUUCACGCCGAAGAGAACGCGUUAUUGGAGGCAGGCCGAGAGCGAAUCCGCGAGGGAGCAAUCCUAUAUUGUGAUACAUGUCCUUGCUUGACGUGCACGGUCAAGAUAGCGCAAGUUGGAAUCUCCGAGGUCGUUUACUCGCAGGGCUACAAUAUGGAUAACGACAGCGCAGCUAUCUUGCAAGAAGCAGGCGUCCGGCUACGGCAGUUCCAUCCGCCUUCGAACGGACUGAUAUAUCUCCAGGCAUUCGAGAGGUCAACUGCGGCUGAAGAUUAA